UGCACGCCAGCGAAAAGGGAGAUGCCUAAGAGUUGCUGUGUUGUUUCUUGUACCAAUAAUGUCAACAGUCGUCCUGACUUGCAAUUUUACAUUCUUCCAGCUAAAAAGGCACGGAGGAAGUUGUGGCUGACAGCAAUAAAUCGUGUUCGAACUGAUGAGCUGGGAAAUCCAAUCAAAGGAACUUUAUGGUCACCAAAAUCAAAACACCACUAUGUAUGCUCUGAACAUUUCAUUUCGGGAAAGAGAGAGUUAGCUUCAAGCCAUCCUGACUAUGUACCAUCUGUUUUCAAAGUUUUGAGUUGUGGAAAAAAAGUUGCAUCACCACAUCGAUCAAUGAGCAGAUUUAAUAGAAGACUUAAAAGACUACAUAAGCGUCCAGUCAUUCGAAAAAAGCUAGUCACAGACCUUGAAACAGAAAAAGCCAAGACAGAAAAUAUAUCAACAACAAAUGAAAAUAUUGAAAAUCUUGAUGAUACUGAAGAUCUUAAUUCACCUUUGGAACUGGAAAAUAUGCAAUCACCAGAAAGUGAGAGUACUAUUUCGCUGGCCUCCCCAAUUUCUGUGUCAGAGAGGGAGGAAUUAUAUAGAGAAAUGGAUAAUCUUCGCGCUGAGAAUAGAAAACUGAGAGCAAAUCUUCCCGUUGAUUUGAGUGUUGCUUCAAUUCGAAUAAACCCGGGCAAGUGUUUGAUGUUAACCGGGUUGCGUUUCGAAGUAUUUGAAACAUUACUCACAUAUUUAUGUACCGAAAGUGAAAGAAAACCCACAAGAUUGAAAGCUGAAGACCAGAUCCUAUUAACAAUUAUCAAAUUGAAACACAAUAUGAGUUUUGAUAUGCUAUGCUACAUUGUUAAUAUUAGUCGUUCCACCGCUGUUGAAUAUUUUUGGACAUGGGUAGAUGUUAUGUACAAGAAGCUCAGAGGAAUGAUAAGAAUGUCAGACAGAGAUAAUAUAUUCAAAACAAUCCCCAGUGUUUUCAAAGUAAAAUUUCCAAGAUUGACCUCUAUAAUUGAUUGUUUCGAAAUAUUCGUCGAAUCUCCAGCAUCACUGUUAGCAAGAGCUCAACUGUACAGUCAGUACAAAAAACAUUGUACUAUCAAGGUGCUCAUAUCAUGUACACCACUUGGUGCAAUUAAUUUUAUUUCAAAAUGUUAUGGUGGGCGUGCAUCAGACGUUCAAAUUACACGAGAAUCCGGCUUCCACUUGAGUAAAUACCAUAUGCCUUCAGAUCAGAUCCUUGCAGACAGAGAUUUUACCUUGAGAGAUGAAUUUGCUGCCGGCAGUUCUUCUGAACUUAUUGUACCAUCUUUCACAAAGGGAAAAAAGCAAUUGGCAGCUGAGGAGGUUGAAAGCUCGAGAAAAAUAGCUUCAGUAAGAAUACAUAUUGAACGUGUUAUCGGUUUGAUGCGAAAUCGUUACCUUAUUUUGAAAGGGACAUUACCACUGAGAAUUAUAAAAAAUAUAAAGGAUGAGGCGCAUUCAUCAACACUGGCUAAUUGUGAUAAAAUUGUGACAGUUUGUGCUGCACUCACUAACUUGGGUGAAAGUAUAGUAUAUAAAUAAGAUCGAGAUUGUUUAUAUCUAUAUUGCUGAAAUACUUUUUGUAUAUCACAUACAUACAUCAUAAAUCUUCAUGAUAUUUGCAUUAUGUGUCAUUUUUUCUCUUUUUUAAUUUCCUACAGUCUAUACAAUACCAUAUUUUCUGAGU